AUGGAUGAUCUGUACAGUUAUGUGCUUGCUACGCUCUCUCCUGUAACGGAAACGAGACGUGGCGCGGAGGCGGUGCUAGAGUCGGCGUCUAGCAAACCGGGCUUCCUGGCACAGCUCCUGCAACUGAUCGCUUCUGCGGAGGCCGAUCCAGUUGCCGCGACACAAGCGGGCUCAGCAGUGGCUGUACGCCAGGCAGCUGCGAUAUACUUUAAAAAUGUGGUGAAGAGACGCUGGGAGGACGAGUCUCCGACUGAUCGGGCAGCGCUACGCGCUAUGAUACUGCCGCUCACAACAGUGCGUCAAGCGGCAGUGCGUCGUCAGCUGAUCGAAGCAGUGGCUGUCAUCGCGGCGCAAGACUUUCCGCACAACUGGCCAGAGCUAUUGCCGUUCGUUAGCGGCGGCCUGGAGCGCUGUGUGGAACAGCCUUUCGAACACUGGGAUAGCGCUCUUCUGCUUGGUUCACUCGAGACGCUGGAGGCGCUGGUUGAGCGGUAUCGACACGAGACACGCAGCGAUCCGCUUUUCCAGGAAAUUCUGCUCGUUCUGCAGGCAACGCAGUCGCUCCUGCUACGUCUUUUCCAGCGCUUGUGUAUGUUUUGGCGCAGCGGCUCGAAUCCAUUGGAGACCGCAACGGCGACGCUGGUGCUCUCCGCGAUGCAGCACAUUACCGAGAUAUUCUAUUCAUUGAACUACCAGGAUUUGCCGGAAUUUUUCGAAGAUCACAUGGCGGAAUGGAUGAGUGAAUUCGGGUGGAUUCUUCAGGCCGAUCAGGCACUGAGCGACGCACCUACGACCGCAGGAUUGUCAGCGCCGGCAGCGUCAAGCGCUGCUGGUGCCGCCUACAACCUCGACAGCGACGACGAGGCGGAGCCAGCACCGCUGGACACGCUCCAGGCCCGCAUCAUCGAAUGUCUGAUUCUUUAUGCUGAAAAGUAUGAAGAAGAGUUUCGCUCUUUGUUGCCCAACUUUCUCACGACGAUCUGUGUCUUGCUGGUUCAUCGCGGUUUGCGCAGUCGCUACGACAGCGUUGUGAUUGCGGGCAUUCGGUUCUUGACAACGAUCGCGCGGGGCGUGGAUCAUCUGCUGCUGCUGCAUACGUUGAUUGAGGCUUCAGAGAGUGCCAGUGGAACGAGUUUACUCCACUAUGUUUGUGAACGCGUCGUAGCACCGAACAUGCAGCUUCGACAGGCUGAUCUCGAUCUCUUCUCAGAGAUGCCGCGAGACUUUAUCCGCCUAGAGCUCGACGGAAGUGACGUGUCCAAUCGGCGACGGGCGGCCGGUGAGCUUCUGCGGGCCCUGCUCGAGCGUUUCGAGGAGCGCAUCGUACACGUGUUCUCGGGGUACGUGCGCAGCAUGCUGGAGGCAUGUGAAUCGGACCCCAGGCACAACUGGCGACAAAAGGUGAAUGCCAUAUUGAUUGUAGCGGCUUUGAGCUGGCGAGCAGGCACCCGUACAUCCGGUGCGGUCAACACCAGCGAAUUCAUCGAUGUGGCAAGCUUCACCAAGACACAUAUACUUCCCGAGAUCACCCAGGUUGUAUCACAGACGAAGCGCCAACGUUCGCCACCGCUCCUCACUGCAGAGGCGUUGAAGUUCCUGCUCAUGUUUCGUACGCGACUGACGGCUGCGGAUUUGAAGGGUCUGGAGCCCUACCUCGUCCGCCUCUUGGAUGACGCGGAUCCGGUCGUGCACAGCUAUGCGGCCCGUUUCCUGGAACGAGUGCUAGCCAGCGCUCAUCAGGAGCCGCAAAUGCAGCAGCUGAAGAUGGACAGCAGCCAGAUCAAGCCCUGUAUCGAGGCGAUUGCUCGACAGAUGGUUCGGGACCCCGAAAAUGAAUACCUCAUGAAACUGUUGCUUCAGCUGGCGGCUUUUGUACCCGUCAAAGAGGGUCCGGCAGUUGCGCAGUUGCUGGUCAUGGAUCUAGAACAGCAUCUCGGGGGCUACGCGAAUGCGCUGUACGCCCACAACCUCUUCGAGACUCUGGUGCUGCUGCUGCGUCAUGCAGGCGUGUCGGCGAUAGAAUCGCUGCUCUUUCCAGUCUUCGAAAGGAUCCUUCAGCAGGACAUCGUCGAGUUAGCGCCGUACGUAUUCCAGACGCUGGGUCAAAUGGUUCUCUGGCGCGACGAAGGUCUGACGCCCGCCUACCAGCGAUUGGUGCCGCCGCUCCUGGCGCCGCCUCUCUGGGAUCGACACAGCUACAUCCCCAGCAUGGUGUCGUUGUUGGUUUGUUUCCUACGCACCAGCCCUGAUCUGCUCUGCGAUGCAGAGCACCUGCCUCGCGUGCUUGGCGUCUUCCAAAGGCUGGUUGCUUUCCGCGCUCACGACCAUGAUGGUCUGCGGCUGCUGAGUGCGAUCGUUGAUGCCUGUGCUUCCGGUGACCGUCUCGAUGCUUAUCUUGGUGCCAUCUUGCAAGUGCUCUUCCUUCGGUUGCAGAACGCUCGCACACCCAAGUUCGUGCGCCACCUGCUCCCAUUCAUGGCCAGAUUUAUCGUCCGGCUUGGUGCUGCGAAGAUUUUACGCGCCGCAGAUGCCCUGCAGCCAGCGCUGCUUGAACAUUUCCUCGAGCAGGUCUGGGUUCCGGAACUCGCCGCCCCAGAGCGGAGCCCAGUGCUCUGUGAUCCGCUCAUGGGGAAGACAAUAUGCUGCGCGAUGAUUAUGACGGCGGACGCUCGCCCUGCGCUUUGGGUCAAGUUACUGGACACCAUCCUGGCCUGCUGCCUCGUCGUGGAGGCGCAACUUGGACCGGCAUCAGCGCCGCCGAAUAGCCGGGUGCAGGCGCGUCACGCAGAGCGCAAUCUUCACCCAGACGACGCAGCAGAUGUCGAGGAACAGUUCAUCCUUGAUUACUCCGUUGAGCACGCCGAGCUGCGCUGUGCCCAGAUUCCGCCUCUGGAUCCGUGUCCGGAGGUUACGCAUCCCCUGCGCUUGGCGUUCCGAAGCCUGCACCAGCACUGCGGAUCAUCUAUCGAUACCGUCAAGUUUGUAACCACGCACUGUCGACCAGAGUGUGCGCGACUCGCCCUAGAACAAAUGCCAAGCGAUGCAGUUUAG